UAUCAAAAACGAGAUGGUUGAUAAGUCUAUACUAAAAUAAAUAAUCAUAUUAAUAAGCGAAGACAUUAAUAAAAUACUACUCGAAACUUAUCAGUGGUUAUCUAUAAGUUGUCCGAUUUCUAAGUACCGAUUAUUGGAGCUAUCUUGAAGAUGGGGCAAAUAGAAUCGUUGUGUAUACUUGUGAUCGGUUGCCAUGGCAACCACUCUGUAUAAGUAGCGGCUAUCGUCUUCAAGUUUCGAUAUUACUUUCGUUUCUAGUUAACCCCAGUUAUUAUUCGUUAAUAAUACGAUCUAAGGAAUUAAUUUUAUAUAGACAAUUUGUUAAGCAAGGUAACAUAAAAGGUUACACCAAGUAACAGAAGAUAACAUUUAUUGCUGUGGAUGUCCUCUAUAUGAUAAUGAAAUGAAAUAUCAAAAUAUGAUCAGAGGAAAAGACAGACCAUCGUGCUGCGCUAAAUGGCGAGGCGUGCUAGCAGAGUUUAUCGCCACACUCAUUCUUAUAAUGCUCGGCUGCAUGACAUGUUUGCCCAUCAAAGGCAUCGACCCAAACAUUUACGCGCCUUUCGGAUUUGGUUGUCUAGUUGCAGUGAACGUGCAGAUAUUUGGCCACAUAUCUGGUGCAUUCAUGAACCCGGCUGUGGUACUGGCAUCUGUCAUUCGAGGCAAUACAUCCCUCUGUUUAGGGAUUGCAUACACGUUAGCUGAAUGUGCUGGGGCGAUCGUCGGCUAUGGGAUCUUAUUUCUAAUAACGGAGAUCGAUAUAUUUGUUAAUGAAAUAUGUGUUACGACGCCCGUCCCAGAACUGUACUGGUACCAAUCGUUUGUGAUCGAAAUAGCUAUAACUGCAGUUCUUUCAUUUGUUUGUAUGAGUGUCUGGGAUCCUGUGAAUGCGCGUAAUACAGACAGUACCUCGAUAAAGUUUGGCGUUACGAUUCUUGGGCUUAUACUCGUAGCGGGACCAUGGACUGGGGCGAGCAUGAACCCUGCACGGUCCUUGGGUCCGGCGGUGUGGACUGGUCAGUGGGCCCAACACUGGAUCUACUGGGCUGGACCACUACUCGGCAGUGGUGCAGCCGCCUUACUUUAUAAAUUCAUAUUUACCAACAGAUAUCGCACACCCAAUAUCACCUCCUAAGAUCUUUUAUUUUUUUAGGGGGAAAAUCUUUCAAGGACUUCUCCCGCCUAGGCUAAAACGAGAGGGAGUGUCAGGCUCUUAUUGACUGAAAACCACCCUGUUCCUACUUCUACUCUUCCAGCUGGAGUCCCGGUAACUCGCUAGGUAGUCUGCAACUCCGAGUCGGGCAUCAUCCCUAUAGGGCUCCAUAUGUAGUGGUCUGAUGGCUCUUGGAGACGCGCGCGAAACUCGACGCGCCGUACGCAAGUCUGAUUCGAGUUGGGCGGCGAGCUACCCGUGCUUGCCGUCCACAGUCCCGCACUUAUGGCGGCUGGAGAUCGCACGAUCACCGACGCACGGAGUGUCUCCCGCGACUGGUGGACUACCUAAGACCUAGUCUUUAGUUUUUCUUUUAAUACGUACAAGGAUAUUUAUUUUAAGAAUUUAUUUAUAAUGAGGAAACUAUUGUGUUAUUGUUUUAGUAGAGGAAUGUACAUAGUAUUGUAUCUAUUAAAUAAUGUUCUUUGUAUAAUCAGAGAGUUAUUGCAACAC